AACAAUCCGUGAGAGGGAACGCCCCGGACCACGUGUCUGUGCCUCACAGUCACACCGGCUUCACCAUCACAGAAAUCUACAGCCACGUGUCCCUGGAAAGCCGAGACGACUUCACAGGACUUUUACUGCGAGCCAAUAAUUCCGUGGUUGUGUUUUGUGGUGGUAUGAUAGAGGGCUCCACGAUGUCCAUGGAACAGAGUUUCGAAUGACCAACCUGUUCAAAAGAAUUUCAUGAGCCAAUGGAUUUCCAACGAACUCGAUGGUGAUGGAACGUCAAUAAAGAUCACCCUGAACGCUAGCAAAGAAUGCAGAAAUGGGAACUCUUUCGGGGUGUAUAUUUAUCGGAGAAACGGGGGAGAUAUUUCUAUCAGUAUGAGUGGCUACCAGUUUCUGUCCAAAAGGAGAGAAAGCCAUCAUUAUCUCGGAAAACCCUGUGGAAACGAGUACUUUAACAGAGAUGUUUUCAAAUUCCGAAGUUCGGUUCUAGAAGCAACUUCGACCAUCGCAGACCUAACACCUUCACACGUCAUUUCCAUAACAACGGAAUAUUCUGAGAUCGCCAUUGAUGAAAUAAGUAAAAAACAACUGAUGUCCACAACACCACGUUUUCCACACUGCGUCUGUCAUCCUAAGCCCAGAUUAUCCAGCACACAAAUAGAGGAAGAACUAAAGGAAAAAAUAAAAGAGAUGAAGGAAGAUCUCGCGAUCAACAAGAACGACCUUUCGUCAUAUCGCCGGAAGAAGACGAGCGCGAAUGACGACCGGACUUCCGCCAAGGGUAUCGGAAUGGUUGGAGCAAGCAUUCUUUGUGCAUUUGCCACUUUCAUUAUCGUUAUGGACUUUGAGAUUCUUGUUCAUCAGGUGAGCGUCCUAUUGAGGAAAACCUUUGGGCGACCCAGUCGUACGGGUGCGCGCAGAAACCCAUGA